AACGCUAUACCAGUAUUUGCCAAGAGCUCCGUAAAGGAUCACUUACACGGCUGUCACGGCUCACCUUCCGUUAUCGGGUUGAUACCCCUCAAGCUAGUACACUUCCUCCGCCGGUGAGAGAAGAGUCAUAAUAAGCCCGCAAGACAGCAUGUCCGCCAAGCAGUGGGGUGUUUGGAUAUAAUGUGGAUGUUCCAAAGCCUUUCAUACUGCUGAAACACUUUCAUGCCACACCCUUUCUAGCCCUUGAACUACGCCCCGUUUUCAUAUUCCGUCAUCACCGGUCGGCACCGACGCCGGAGCGAACCCCGACCCGGACUGAGUCCACGAAGUGUGUCCCGAUCCGAGUUCCGUCCCCGGUAACCCGGCAUCCCCCCGGCCCUCCGAGCCCGGAGCCGCAACCUAAAAAAGAAAAGAUGGCCGACCCGUCCACGGCCCCGCCGCUGACCCGCGCCUCGGUGCAGGCCGCACACAAGCUGAUCGAGCCGUACAUCCACAAGACGCCCGUGCUGACCAACGCGACGCUCAACCGGCUGGCCUCCACCCCGCGGACCGAGGCCGAGCUGGCGGGCACCGAAUGGGCCGGGCGCACGCCGGCCAAGCCCGUCAUCCGCUUCUGGUUCAAGUGCGAGAACUUCCAGAAGGUCGGCGCCUUCAAGGCCCGCGGCGCCUUCCACGCCAUCGAGCGGCUGAAGCAGGACCCUUCGUUUGACCGGGCGAAGGGCGUCAUCACGCACAGUUCUGGCAACCACGCGCAAGCGCUCUCCCUCGCGGCCGCCAUCUCCUCCAUCCCCUGCACCAUCAUCAUGCCGACCAUCUCGACGCCCGCCAAAAUCGCUGCCACCCGGUCCUACGGCUCACGCAUCAUCUUCUCCGGCCCGACCUCGCCCGAGCGCGAAGCGGCCGUGGCCGCCGCGCAGGCCGAGACCGGCGCCCGCCUGGUGCCGCCCUACGACCACCCGGACAUCAUCCUCGGCCAAGGCACCGCGGCGCUGGAACUCCAAUCCCAGCUUUCCCUCCUCCUUCCCGAGAAGACCACCACCCUCCACGCAGUGAUAACCCCCUGCUCCGGCGGCGGGUUACUCUCCGGCACAGCCCUCGCGUGCGAGGGGACCGGCAUCCGCGUGUUCGGCGCCGAGCCGUCCUUCCAGGGCGCCGACGAUGGCCGGCGCGGGUUCGCGGCCGGGGAGCGGGUGACGAGCGUCAAGUCGCUGACCAUCGCGGACGGGCUGCGCACGCCCGUGGGCAAGAUCCCGUGGGGGGUGAUCUACGAGCGGAGGCUGGUGGCGGGCAUGUACAGCGUGGGCGAGGACGAGAUCAGGAGGGCCAUGCGGCUGGUGUACGAGCGCAUGAAGCUGGUGGUGGAGCCGAGCGCGGUGGUCGGGCUGGCCGUGGCCUUGUACAACGAGGACUUCCGGGCCAUGGUGGAGCGGGAGGGCGGGCAGGAAGGGUGGGAUCUCGGGGUGGUGUUUAGUGGCGGCAAUGUGAGUCUUGAUAAGCUGGGGGAGUUGCUCGCGUGA